GGGGCUUAAGUUUAAAUCCAAAUCUACUGGCGGGACAAUCAAGUUGUUCGUCGUCGUCGUUAGUGUAGGAACUUUAUGAACUGACCGAAUCUGCUAUUUUAGGGUAAAGUUAUAGUUAUAACACCACUACAGCAUUCAUAACACUAAAAAUGGAUUGCCUGAAUGUUUCAAGUAUUCUGCCAAAUUCACCAAGGAAAAAGCGAGGACAAAUCCAGGUCAUAUUUGGACCCAUGUUUUCUGGAAAGAGCACUGAAUUGAUGCGAAGAGUGCGAAGAUUCCAGAUUGCGCAGUACAACUGCCUAGUGAUCAAAUAUGCCAAGGACACACGCUAUUCGGAAAAGGGAGUGGCCACACAUGACCAGAAUAUAAUGGAAGCAGUACCAGCCAACGCCCUGAAGGAUGUGCGUUCUCUUGCAAUGCGGGCUUGUGUCAUUGGCAUAGAUGAAGGACAAUUUUUUCCAGACACAGUGGAGUUCUGUGAAGAAAUGGCCAACCAUGGCAAGAUAGUCAUUGUUGCAGCACUGGAUGGUACUUUUCAAAGAAAGCCAUUUGGAAACAUCCUGAGCCUGGUGCCCCUGGCCGAAAGUGUCGUAAAGCUGAAUGCUGUCUGCAUGCAGUGCUUCAAAGAGGCUGCCUACACAAAGAGGCUUGGUGCUGAGAAAGAGGUGGAGGUGAUCGGAGGAGCUGAUAUGUACCAUGCCGCGUGCCGUGGCUGUUACGGGGGUCUUGUGACUGGGAAGGAGAACUGUGGGCCACCCAGGGAUGAAACUCCUCCACACCAGGUCUCCGGCAAGCAGCUGGAUAUUACCGCCCCACGCAAACUGUUUGCCACUCUGCAGCUCUGAGAGCGUCACAGAUGGACAUAGUACAGACUAUGAAGACGAGCCAGUAUUAUUUGUACAUGUCGAAUUCUUUGUGUGGUACGGGACGUUUUAACGUGAUUUUACUUUUGUAAAAUGUAAAUUUACAGAUUUAUAGGUUGACUUAGCACUUGGUUGGUGGUUUGCACGGUGUGUGUGUGUGUGGGGGGGGGUUUCCUUUUUUUACAACUUUUUAAUCAACGUACUGUAUAUCCUUCAGAAUCAAACAUCUUUAACUACACUUACUCUGUGUACAUGUACAUGUGUAUAUACAAGCAGCAUAACUAUGAUUUGAUGUUUAGAUUUUGCUCAUUUUAUUAAAUAUUUUAAUAAAAUCUGAUGUACUUGUUA